UAUGCGCGCGCUAACAGGACCUUCGCCUUCCCGAGAACUAGCGUGGGCGGUACUGCUGCAUGCAUGCGCAGAAUCCACGCUCUGCUUGCGUCUUCGCUUACGCAGCGCCGAGUGCCGCACACCUUUGCGUCCCUUAUUCCUAAAACUGUAGCAGGCUAACUUCGCAAUGUCGUGCGAAGCGCCAUUACAUAGUCGAGGCCCUUUGUAACACGUAUGUCGCAUCUGGCGCCCCCGGGGACUGUCGCCGCAACGACUGCAUGCAAGGGGCGCACGCACCGCCACUAGUCGGACGCCAUCACCCCGGCGCCUCUGUCGUUCGUCGAGCGCCCCGAUUAGGGAGACCGUUAAGAGACGACGCGCUCUCCCGCUCCUCGCGCGCGUCCUCCCCUGCCUCGCGGCAACAUUGCUGCUUUAUACCACUCGUAAAGGUGCUCUCAUAUCAUCUGUGUAUACGGUGUAUGCCUCACGGAAGGAGAAGCGAGGUGCCCCGACAGCACUGCAAGUACCCUUCUUUGUGGAUCGUAUUUCGUGCACUCGAGAAGAAGAUGAUGCACAUCUUCGUCUGGAUGACCACAAGAACACUGCGGACUGGAGACACGUUUUAUCCUGUCCAAGAAGUGUCUCGUAAAUGCAGUACCAAGACGCAGCAUUCAGCACCAGUCGAGUGUAUAAAUAUAUGCAUGACGCCUGCUGUGGGGUAAUGGAGGGAAGUAAGUGCCUUUGCCAAACGAGCACUUUCCUUUGCUUUGCUUGACCCUACAAUUUUGAACCGCAUUUAUCGCAUCCCAUGUUGACAGAGACCAUAAGCAUGGGUUUAAACCAAACAAACAUUCUGCCUAUUAGCAUGAAAACAGCAUUAGGGAGCUUUUUUUUUUUUAAACUGGCUAGCUUUCUUGCACCCCUGUAUUUUUAGCCAAUAGAAAGAGACAUGUGUGAAGAAAUGAAAAGCAGGGAAAACAUCUGCGAUACAUAAUGGUUUGCCCCCCCCCCCCCCCUUCUUCUUAUUAUUCUUAUUCGUGCGCAAGGGUAAAUGAAAUUGAAAAGCGUUGGUUACUUCUUUCGCAAAUUUCAGAGGUUGAAGUCUGGUGAUGAAGGACUCACUAAGGUGUUGCCAAGUUGACGUUGCGACGAGCCUAGGCGUAUCACUUUGUAGGGGUCGUUUUUACGUAUUCCCAGUUGCCGAAUGCAGCUAACCAGAAGCAGGUCGUCUUUAUAUCCUCACACAUGAGGCCUUUGAACUUCGGCUGUGCCCUCAUGAUAAAGCACAAAGUCCUAAAUAAGUGAUUACUGUAUACAAGCAUUGUAGUUGCCAACAAACUCUAGGCGAUAAAAAUAGGCGAUAGCACAAAAUACUAAGGAAGUAUUCAGGUUCUCAUACUCUAUAGGAGUAAUUGAAUGUCGGUACGGGCGUGAAAUAUCUCUAUAGAACACGCAAGACAUGAUUCGAACAUGUUUGCCACGCAUAUGCUGCAAAAAGAAGGAAACAUUGGCGGUUAUAGGGAGCCACUUGUAAUGGCGUCAAAACUGCAGACCGUUGUAUGCGUCCAAAACUCCGUCAU